ACGAGGAUCAGAUGUACUUAGUGCGCUUUGGUCUUUUUAUGGCACUUCCUUCUUCCACCGGGUCUGGAACAAACUAACUUUGAUCAAACCCUUUAGUCCAAACCAUAGACUGACCAAGCACGCGUGCAUAUGGGGGGUCCCCAGUUGAUGUGGCAGUUAUCCGGCGUCCUACAGUCCCUGAAGGCAGCAGUGGCAGCAGCAGCAGCAGUACCAGCAGAUCACGCUCAGUUUCCGCACUGAGACCUAGAGGACAGAGACCAGAGGACCCAGGAGACAGGAGGGACAGGACAGGAGGGACAGACAGGAGCCAGAGGACAGACGCCCGGAGCGGUCACCUCCCCCCCACACAGAGGCGACUUUGUGAAUCUUCACACGAGACAGCAGUCACAAACACACAAAGACAGAGCCAUGGCGGAAUACUACGACAUGUUAGGCGUCCAGAGAAAUGCAACGCAAGACGAAAUCAAAAAAGCUUACAGAAAAUUGGCAUUGAAGUGGCAUCCAGACAAGAACCCAGACUACAAGGAGGAAGCAGAGAGAAAAUUCAAAGAGCUGUCAGAGGCGUAUGAAGUGCUCUCAGAUGAAAGUAAGAGGAGUAUUUAUGACAGAUACGGCAAAGACGGCCUUUCAGCAGGAGGAAGAGGAGGAGGAGAAGGCCAUUACAAUCACUAUGACGGUGGCAGCUUCACAUUCCGUAAUCCUGAGGACGUUUUCAGGGAAUUCUUUGGUGGCAGAGAUCCUUUUGCAGAUUUGUUUGCCGAAGACCCUUUUGAUUUCUACAGAGGAAACUGCGGUCGCCAGGGAGGCGCAAGUCACAACAGGAUGGGCGGCCCGAUCUUUGCUUUUGGGGGCUUCCCAGCUUUCGGGCACGGCUUCCCAGCGUUCGAUCAAGGUUUUAGCUCGUUUGGAGGAAUGGGUGGAGGAGGCGUCACCUCUUUCUCUUCUUCGUCCUUUGGUGGCGGCGGAGGAGGAGGAGGGAUGGGUAAUUUCAAAUCAGUGUCGACCUCCACAAAGUUCAUCAACGGCAGAAGAAUUACAACAAAACGGAUUGUGGAGAACGGCCAAGAGCGAGUGGAGGUGGAGGAAGAUGGCCAGUUAAAAUCUCUUACAGUUAAUGACAUGGCAGCCGAAGAGGAGGAAGAGGGUCCUCGCCGCAGACAGAACGCACUCCCUGGCCUCGGCUUGCACCCGCGCUACCUGAGGAACUCCACCCAAACCCCCGCAGAGGAAGAGGAGGACCACGGCCUGCAGUGCCUAACGAGAGGACACAUGGACUCCAAGAGGAAGAAACUGUGGCCAAAGGAGGAGUCCAAAAAGAAAAGAGCUCCUCGACUCUUCCCACGAUUCGGUGGACUCGGCUCCUUUUUUUAAACGCACACACACACACACACACACACACACACACACACACACACACACACACACACACACACACACACACACACACACACA